AUGACUACUAUGGAUCUUCGCGUUGGCAAUAAAUACCGCAUUGGCCGAAAGAUCGGCAGUGGUUCUUUCGGUGAUAUCUACCUUGGAACCAAUAUCAUCUCUGGUGAAGAGAUCGCUAUCAAGCUUGAGUCUGUCAAGGCUAAGCAUCCUCAACUCGAGUAUGAAGCCCGUGUCUACAAGUCUCUCGCUGGUGGUGUCGGCAUUCCUUUCGUUCGCUGGUUUGGUACCGAAUGUGACUACAAUGCCAUGGUCCUCGAUCUUCUUGGUCCCAGUUUGGAGGAUCUCUUCAACUUUUGCAACCGCAAGUUCUCCUUGAAGACCGUCCUUCUCCUUGCCGAUCAACUCAUCUCCCGCAUUGAGUAUAUUCACGCCAAGUCCUUCAUUCAUCGUGACAUCAAGCCUGACAACUUCCUCAUGGGUAUUGGCAAGCGUGGUAACCAAGUCAAUGUCAUCGAUUUUGGUUUGGCCAAGAAGUACAGAGACCCAAAGACUCACUUCCACAUCCCAUACCGUGAGAACAAGAAUUUGACUGGUACUGCUCGUUAUGCCUCCAUCAACACCCAUCUUGGUGUCGAGCAAUCCCGUCGUGAUGACAUGGAAUCUCUCGGAUACGUCAUGCUUUACUUCUGUCGUGGUUCUCUUCCAUGGCAAGGUCUUAAGGCUGCUACCAAAAAGCAGAAGUAUGAUCGUAUUAUGGAGAAGAAGAUGACCACCCCUACUGAAGUCCUUUGCCGUGGCUUCCCAAAUGAGUUCGCCAUCUACCUCAACUACACCCGCUCUCUCCGAUUCGACGACAAGCCGGAUUACUCUUACCUCCGAAAGAUCUUCCGUGAUCUUUUCGUUCGUGAAGGUUUCCAAUAUGACUAUGUCUUUGAUUGGACUGUCUACAAAUACCAAAAGAACGCCCAGCAACAGGUUAAGCCUCAAGAAGGAGAGAAGGCAUCUCCAGCCGAGGUUCAAACCACUGCUCAAGCAACCGCUGGACUCUCUGCAGGCAGACAACGCAAGACUGUCACUCCUAUUCAACAACAGGGACAAGCCCCAGAAGGAACUGGUCACUACCUACGCUCUGCCGGUCCACCUCCACCAGGCAAUGGUCUCUGA